AAAUAUAAUUGACUUGUAUAUUCUACUGCACCUUCUUCACUCAAAUCUCCUAGAUCUAUUUAUCUCAAUUUCCAACCCCACUCUUCGUAUCUAUAAUCUAUCUUGUAUCUCUAUACCCCUUUGUGUUUCACAGCUCUCACCAGAAUCGGGGCUGAGAUUAACUUAUGAAUCAUUAAAGAGGAACUUGUUAGAUAUAAACAUGGAUAGUGAGGAUCUAAUACAACUUCCAGAUUCGUGUAAAUCUGGUAUUGAAAGUGAGAGUAAUGAGUUAUCAUUUGCUGAUUGUGAGUCUGGUGCAGCAGCUUAUCUACCAAGUAACUUCGAGGCCCACAAAGAUCAGAUGAACGAGAAUUCUAUGCAGAAUGGGGAUGAUGUUGGUGAUAAAGCUAAGGACAGUGAAAUGAUUGCCAGUACUGCCGCCGUUCAAGUUAGCUUUCAGUUGGCUGAAAAAGUUGAUAUUCAAGAGAAAGUACAUUCCAUAAGCUCCAUUGUGCAUGUUGAGAAUGGUUGUCAAACAGUUGAAGAUCAGAGUCCCCAGGCCAAUCUUAAGAAAGAGGAAAGCUCUAUCAGAAAUCAAGAUAAUGAUAACAACUUAAUUGGCGUUAAGAGACCUAGAGAGGCUGUUGAUGAACAACCACCCUCAAUCCAUGUCUUGUAUAACUCUCUGCCAAGAGAUAGUAAACAAAAGCUUGAUAAGUUAUUGCAGCAGUGGUCAGAAUGGCAUGCUCGACAUUAUCCUUCAUCUAUAGAAUCAGCUGAAGAUUCGGAAUCUGGUGAAACAACAUAUUUUCCUGCGCUCCAUGUUGGACUGGACAAGUCUUCUUCUGUGUCUUUCUGGAUGGACAAUCAGACAAGGGGUCCACAGAGCAAGGAUGUUGUUAUGUUGGAUCAUGAUUCGGUUCCUCUUUAUGAUCGAGGAUUCGCAAUGGGUCUGACUCCUACUGAUGGUUCUGGUAAUGCGGAAAGAGGUCUGGAAAUAUUCAAUGCUUCUCGCUGUUUCAAUUGUGGUUCCUACAACCAUUCGUUAAAGGAAUGUCCAAAGCCUCGUGAUAAUGUAGCUGUCAAUAAUGCUCGUAAAGAACUAAAAAGUAAGCGUAAUCAGAGUGCCGGUUCCCGUAACCCAACUCGAUAUUACCAAAGCUCUCCUGGGGGUAAAUAUGACGGUUUAAGGCCUGGCGUCCUUGAUGUAGAAACUCGGAAAUUACUGGGCCUUGGGGAACUUGAUCCACCGCCUUGGCUUAACAGAAUGAGAGAAAUAGGGUAUCCACCAGGAUAUCUAGAUCCAGAAGAAAAGGAUCAACCUUCAGGAAUCACUAUAUUUGCCGAGGAGGAGGAAAGCAAGGAUGAUACUGAGGAUGGAGAAAUUCUGGAUACAGACUCUCAGGAGCUGCCUAAGAAAAAGAGUGUCGAGUUUCCUGGAAUUAAUGGCCCAAUACCAGGAAAUGCAGAUGAAAAACAUUGGACAGCUGUGCAUCAAACUCCUGAUAUAUCCAGAGAGCGACCACAUCGCAGAUUUAAUCAUUCAUCAGAAUCUUCUGGCAAGUAUUCUCAAGAGCAAAGGUGGGCCAGAGAUCUCCGAGAUGAUGGACCUCCUGGUGUUGACCCAGUAACCAACCCCUCACUAUCUAGUUAUCCCCCUAGGUACAGUGCUUAUGACUCUGCUUACAGUUCCUAUAGUCCAAGAGGUAACCUUUCUAGACCUAGAAGCCCUAGCUCUGACAGGUCGCUGUCUGAAAGAAGUAGAAGGAGCCCUUUGAUACAUGAAUCUUCCAAGUACAAUUCACAUGGUAUUUCAGCAGAAUCACCUACAUAUAGGAUGUCGUCACAACAGAAAUACAGCUCAGCCAGUUUGGAUGACGAGGAUAAUGGCCGUUGGAAUGACUAUACACCAGAAACUUCAUCUCACCGGAAGGAUAAGCGUGAUCAUCAAUCCCACCAUAACAGGAGGUGAACCUUAUUCUGCUGCUUUGGAGUAGGUUGUGCAAUAGCAAGAUUAGACGACUUAAAACAGUUGUAUGAAAUUGGAUAGGGCAUAACGCCCUUUUGUUUAGCAUAAGGUGGAAAUGACGUAAACUGAGCAUAAUGCCCUGUUGUUUAGCAUAAGGGGGAAAUGACGUAAACUAUCUGUUUUGCAGUUAUGUUGUACAAUUCUCCCUAUAUUGCUGCGAUUAUUCCUUGAUUUAGGAUUAUAUACUACAAGAUUUUUCAAAUUUUAUAUGGAUGGGAUUUGAUUUGGACUU